GGCAGAGGAUGUUGAUGGCUCUAUACAGCCGUAAAAGACAAUUACCGCUAUAACAUUUUAUGGGGUGCAAAGCGCUGCGAGGCAAGCGGACACAAAACAAGAAAAAGACACGGAGGCAUGAAGAAAGCCUUUCUGUUUUACGGGGGGGGGGGGGCAAACGACGAUGCCUUUUUAAUUGGACGAAAUCAGGACAUCGCCACGCAAGGAAUAAAUGCAUUUUUUUCCAAACACGGCGGCGCGUUCACGUCUGUACACGAAGAGAAAUAUUUGGCACGUGAUCGCUGACGGCGACUCGGACGCUUGAUCUUUUCGGCGUGAUGGAGAGAAAAAACCAACGUUGGGGACGUUCCGGGCCGAAUUUGAAGCCGGAGACUCGAGUGUGUUGUGACGCGCUUAGGGGGGACGCAGAUGGACCCGCACUUCAAAGACUCGGCGAGAGACAGCGCAAUAAACCGCCUGCUCUCCUAUACUGUCUGGCAUUCCACUUUUAAUGGCUUUAUGGCCGUCCAGACACAAUUAGGCCGUUUCCAGAAUGGCACCCAUUUGUUUUUCCUUCUCUUUGGUUCUGGACAAAAGGCCGAGCGGAAAUGAUCAGGUUUAUUGGAGUCUUCCCAACGGGGACGCGCAUGCACGACUCACGGUCAUUUGGACGCAGCCUUUGUUUCCACCUGGGAACCUUCCGCCCUCUGCACCCCAUUGCACCGCGGCGAGACGGCCAUAAACGCACGCACUAGCGCCCCUGUGCACGUAUAUGCAUGCAUGUGGACUAUAUUAAGGGAUAUCAUAGAAUUCUGCGGCGGUUUGGGGGAAGAAAGGAGAUCACUGCAAGCUAGGUACUGAGGCGAAUUAGGUCGCAGCAGCAAUGUUCAAAACGCAAAUUAAAAGACGAGUAUUAAUUAGUGGAGAGGAAUUCAGGGAAAUUGGAAACUCAUCUAAGCAGGGGGGGGGGGGGAUUAAGGUUGCCUCUUGGAUUAUGGUAAUAAAUAGUUCAACUAUGCUAGCAUUUGUACAAGUGGUGCAAGAGGGCAGCAUAACGUUCCGUCUUACGUUCAACAUGAAACAAAAGAUAAAGAUCGACUUCAAAAUUCAUGGCCUUUGGCGUCAAUGCGACUCAGAAAAUGACAAACGCCUUUUGACUUUCUUUGCAUCAUCUCAUUCGUUGGCACCAACUAAUCAUUUUCAGUGGUGUCUUAAUUUUUUUUUUUUUUCCCCCGAGGCGUGUCUAUAUAGACACUUGUGCUCAUAAAUUUAUAUACCCUGGCAGAAUUUGUCAAAUAUCUGCUCCUAUUUUGGGAAAAUGACAGAACGGGGGCCAUCUUAUUUUCUUUAUUGCUCCAUUUUGUUAAAUGAUCGUGCUAUUAUUUCACUCCUAUUGUAACUAAUGUAAAUUGAUUUUGUCUCAUCAGUCGUUUUCUUUAAAGAAUGGCACGCCUUACAAAUUCUGUCCGGGACGAUCACAAAUGUUAAUGAAGUAUCAAAACAACACACUCCAACUGGAAAGGUGGAGCUUUUAAAACGGGAUUCUCAGUAAACUUGGAACGCGAACUACGACUUAACUAAACCUACAAGUUUCACCAAUGUGGGAGUAAUAAAUGUUAUCUCCAAUAAAUCCGAGUGCAGCUUAAUAUGCAGUAUUGCUGUCGAAAACCGACGAAAUGUCUGCAUCGGCGACCUUCUCCUCCUUUUCCAGCAGGUGGCGACACUGUUCCACAACACCCCCCUCGAGUCCUUUCGAACACGUGUGCAACCUGCACCGUGGAAUACUCUCGUAACAUUUGUAAGAGUUCAGCCCAACAAUUUCACAGCUUUUUAACAGUCUGUGGACGUGCACUAGUCAAAAGACUUGACGUGCAGUUGUUGAAUGUGUUUUUAAUGACGUUGAACAUCACUGACACUAUUUCAAAAUACUAUUCAACCCGUGUCAUAAAAUAUCCACUGUUAGAAAAGAUGUACAAUUGUUCAUUAUUAUAGUUGCUGCAAUAUAGUCCCAAACUAAUAUGUAGUAGGACUGUUGUGUGUCAAAUAUUGUUGGGAAACAAUCAUACACUUUAAUUAAAAAUAUUUAUUCUUGGAUUAAUAUUGAGACCAAAUGUCUUAAUAGUUACACUCUCAAAAAUAAAGGUGUUUUAGAGCUUUUAUAUUGCGCCACUGGCGUUUUUGACGGUUUUGUUAUAGUAUUUGUAUUUGUUAUUUUUGUAAGAAAUGUGAGAUAUGUAUAUAGCAUGAUUUUCCAACGUAUUGUCAAUUUAAGAACAUCAGGAUUCAUAUCCAAAAUGCAAGAACUAUUAAUUUGGCUCUUGUUUGGUGCUAAUGGUCGGACAAUAGUUGGUUCUAUAGAACCGCUAUGAAUGGGUGCUAAAUGGUACCAAAAAGCGGUUCUCCAGUGCACAAGCCAAAGAACCACAUUUGGGUAGCGUCUAGAACCUUUGUGUGUGUGUGUGUGUGUGUGUAACGGCAAAUACCUUAAAAUUGAUUACACGCAUUACAUGCAAGAUCGAAGUAACAAUGAAAUGAAAAACGAAUAUAAGUACGGAAAAAAAACUAUGACAAGAUUUUCAAAUGUUUUGGAAAUAUCACAGAUUGAUAAAUGCACUGUUCAUCAACGAUAUGGAUGGAUGGAUGUUUCAAAAAUACUGUAUACAUUUAGCCUAUAUUAAUACUUUUUUUUUUUUUUUUAAUUGAGCAUUUUCCAAUGAGUGUUAAAAGUUGUGUCCAAUGUUCAAAUGUAGUUUUUGAUGAACAUAGCACGCCUCGUGCUUAAUGAGCAUAAAGCGCGUUAAUGCCGGUCUGCAGCCUGCGCCGCGAUCGAUUUCAUAUCUGCCUCCCGGUUGGCUGAGAGCAGGCAGGCCGGAGUCACGUGGCUGAGUUCCUGGGUGCACGGUCAAAAUGGUGUUUGGUGUAAAUCUAGGCUGUAUUGCUGUCAUAUAUCACGCAACCUCGUAAAAACGACACUGAGGAUUCUGGACCAACAAAUCAGACAGGAAGAAAAUAUUUCUUAUGAUGCGGAUGGUCUUCUUGGUCAAUAUAAGGCGGUGUACAGGUUGUCUGUUUUCAAACACACCCGAGACAUUUGCAGUAUAAGAGCCAGAAUCCACUCGAGUGGACGAUGGCCCUGCUCGAGAUCGGUGCCGUCCCGUCCGGAGGCCCGGCCCAAGUCCGGCCCAGGCGGGCUGUAGACGGCCAGGACUCGCAGCCAGCCAGCCAGCCAGCCAGCCCGUUUGUCCACAGCCGCCUCGUGCUCCCCGACAGCUGCUCCCAUCCGGCCCCGGCAGCCUGCCGCACCUCGCCGCCCGGAUAAACAACACCGGAUGCAAACAGCGGGUCCAAACGAGCCUUUCCAGCUGUCAGAGGCAGCCCGGUUCAAAACUGAUUGCAGAACCGCAGGAUGCGCCAGGAGGACUGAUCCGAGCCAGACUGUCGGUGGCUGCGCAGAACCGUCAGGAGGCAAGACUCACUGCAACAGAAGCGCAUAUGAGAAUCAAACCAGCUUCAGAAUAGACGCCAUAAAACACACCGAUGCGAUUGUCACGGAACUAUUAUGCAAAUGUAUUAAAUAACACAUCUUCAAGGGAAUUCUGUUGUGAGUUCCUUUUGGAGUGUUAUUUAAAAAAAAAUAAAAAAUUUUUUUUUUAAUGCAAAUUCUGUGGCCACGAAUUAAAAAACGAAGCAUGUUAUUUUGAAGCAACUACCCCAUACAUCACACGUACACAAAUUCAAUAUUCUCAUUUAGAAACUCAACAAACGUGCAACAACAACAUACUGAUUAGACUCGCCAAUCGAUAUCCUUGAAAAAGAAACACACACACACACACACACACACACGGUAUAUGUGCCUUAUUUUUAGACUCAAGGAGGACCACUUUAAUUUCAUUUUUUACACCGAAAAUUGUCACACACACACACACACACAGGCAAAAUCCAAUGCAAGCAUGUUGUUAAUCUCAAUUUACUGCAUCGGUGAUUUGUUUCUAUUAAGCUUACAUCUAUAAACGACCUGACAUUUAUGCAUUUUAUAUUAACGGCAAUUCAGUGUUAUAUCAGUGAGCUUCAAUGAAACUGCGUCCUAUGAGGUUAUUGUUAGUGUGACAGCAUAUCAUUCAAAAUGCACAAAUCAUAGUUAUAAUAUAAUAUUUGGUUGUGCUUUAAUUACAUAGAGGAAAAGGAAAGGAAAAGUGUGUUCACAUUUGCGGCGAUUGUGUAAUUGCAGCUAUAAUAAUAAGAUUGCUUUGGUUUUUGUUUGUACAUAUUUGUGGCUGAAAUGACGCGCAGAACGUUUGCGGCUUCGGCCGACAUUUGGCUCGGGGGGGUGAAAAUGGGAACUGUGAAGAUGCGAGACGAGGCGAGCUGCACGAGGAGGAGAAUUUACUGUUGAACUCUGCAUUGCCCUCUUCCCUCACUAAGAUGGCGCCUGACGGUGACCUGCUCGCUCUCUCCCUCCUUUGUACACCCCCAUUCCAUCUCUUCCUCCCUCCCUUCGUCCUCCCAGCAGCGGGCCAUAAAUCCGUUGUUGUUUAUGAAAAUUUACAACAUGGCAAUCCGGCUUUACGAGCCAGCUCGGCCUCCCAUUGGCCGCGGCUCUUCACGUGGUCAGGAGCAGUGAACAUGAACUUUUUAUAUAUAAUUUCCAAUCGAGGAAUAGAGCAGCCUUUCAUUAAACAGGCUCCAGCUCCCACACGGAUGGUUUCACCGGCGCCCUCCUUAAGCCUCAACCUUGUUUUUCUCUCUCUCCCCCCAUUUUGGAGGAUUGGAUGCCACAGAAGCUUUCUUUCAGACGUGACUGGAUGGUUUUGGCAAGAUGUGUGCAAGGAGACCCGGGGCGUCACUGGGUGCCCCCGUCCCGGCCCACCCUCACCCCGGGACCCCCCGGUUCCAUCGGGACACCUGCCAAGUCUUGCGUUCUGGGACUGUCCAGAAUAGCCAUUUGAGAAGCGUGACUUGACCAGAACAGAGCGCCACUUGGGCUCAGUCCGCUUGAGCGGACCGGGCCGGACCGGGCCGGACCGGGCCGGACCGGGCCGGACGCUGCCUUGCAUGGCCGGGAUGACGAGCGCCUCUCCGGAGGCCUUGUUGACGCGGACAGGCUGCCCCGCUGAGGACUUGGAGCAUCUUGAAGGACGAAAUGGUCUCACCUGCGGCAUGGACGGCCGACAGCGCGGACAGCAACGAGCAGGGCGGAUACAUCCCCAACCCGGGGGACUACUACGAGCGGCCAAAAGACACGGGCUUCCCCCAUCACGAAGAGCCAUCCUACCCCAGGUCCAACUACACGGAACCGGGCUACGAUUACACCAACGUCCCCGCCGCCGGACUGGACGAUUUCAGCGACGGGCACCACUCCGCAGCGCAGCCGCAAACGCUGCCUCAGAACCACGGACCGCGCCUCGCCUCGGCCCCGGACGGCGCGGGCGCGGCGGGGAUUAAGGACUGCAGCCUCGCCGGCGAGGUCUACCCCGGCGCGGUGAAAGGCAAAGAGCCGGUGGUCUACCCCUGGAUGAAAAAGGUCCACGUUAGCACCGUCAAUGCCAGUUACGCCGGAGGAGUGCCCAAGAGGUCCCGCACUGCCUACACCCGCCAGCAGGCUCUGGAGCUGGAGAAGGAGUUCCACUUCAACCGCUACCUGACGCGGCGCAGGCGGGUGGAGAUCGCGCACACCAUGUGCCUGUCCGAGCGUCAGGUGAAGAUCUGGUUUCAGAACCGCCGGAUGAAGUGGAAGAAGGAGCACAAGCUGCCCAACACCAAGAUCCGCUCCAAUUCGGCCACGUCGUCGUCGUCGUCGUCGUCGUCAUCUUCCGGGGCCCAACAACAGCAGAUUAAAACAGGCCAGCAGCUUGUCCCCACGCCGUGCACCGUGGGUCUAUAGUGCACGGCCCAGCCCGAAUUAAAACAAGAAAAAAAAAACAACAACAACAACAAGAACAACAACCCAAACGAGACUGAGAUGGCAAAGAACACAAAAGUGGGAAAAGACGGACCGAGUGAAUAUUUUGGUGUUAUUUGCCCUUUGUCCCCUUCCACUCUGCGGUCGUCUUUCGCGUCUUCACAUAAGCUUGAAAUACUUUUUUUCUUUUUCUUUUUUUUAAUCCCACAACGGCGACUGAAGAGUUCAUAGAUUUGCUUUUUUUAUUUUUUUAUUUUUUGACGAAUGAAGGAUAACGCACAGUCACAUGGAUAAAAAACAAAAACAAAAACAAAAGAAAGUGUUGCAUUUCACUUAGAAAUGGCCAAAUGGGCGAGGUAAAAGCUUGAAUCCUUUCCUGUUGGAUUGUUUUAUUUUUUAUUUUUUGAAUUAUUUUCCACGAAGAAUUCUAAUAUACUUGAAACUUAUGAUUUAUGAGCAGAUUAUUAUUUUUUUUUAGGUCCAUUGUAGUCACGGUGUGUGUUCGAGUGCUGAAUGUAUAUCCACGUGACAUGGCCACAGUGUAAUGUACAUAGAUAAACAAAUCAUGAAUGAAGGCACAAUGAGGAAAGCAUUUCUACAGCUAUAGACACUUUUUUUUUUUUUUGCUUGUCAGCUGCGUGUCGUGAGGUCUUCUAAAUAGUUUGAUUCGUGCGCGUCUGUUGUCGUGUUGUUCUAAACUGUGAAUAUACAUUUGUGUUUGUGCGGUCUCACUAGUGACCCCUGUGCUGUGUAGGCUAUAGUGUAGACUGAAUUUGUCCCUGUGAAAUAAAUGUGUACUUCACUUGUAAA